AUGACCUGUGUGCAUGCGUGCGUGCGACUGUGGGAGGUGUUACGCUCCGGUGCCGAAUCAUUGGCACGCGCUUUGAUGGAGCGUAGUCCGAGAAAGAUACCUGAUUACUCUGUGGCAUCACUCACACCACCCCUACCAAAUAUCCAGCCUCCAGUAAAUAGCAAUUCAGAUCCGUGUCCACUUCCAGUACCGCCGCCUCCAACCUUCACCUCAACUUCUUCAUCCCUAUCGCCUUUUUCUCAUUUCUGUGAGGAACCGUUCUCUUUGGCGUUGGCCCGGCUUGCUCUUAAGCGAUUGAUAGACUUACAGACAGCAAAUCCUCUCUCUUCUCCUCCAACUCUUCCCCUACCACCUCCACCACCAUUUCCCCUUCCCAUGCCUCCACUGGGUGGUGGAGAUCCUGGCAGUCCUUCCUGGUGCGCCCAGUCCCUUCUCAUGAACCCCGCAAAGAUUCACGAACUACCACAUCCUUCCCUUUUGCUUUCCGGGGCUCUACCGCCAGCUGUUUAUCGAAGAGCCAUGAACCAAAUUUUGAGUUCACCACCACUACCGCCUCCACCUUUGCCUUCACCACCACAAAAUCUCUCAGCACGAUCAAAGAGUGCCUCGCAAAGUGUGGAAAUUGUGAAUCUUUCGACAUUAACGUCUACUAAACAGACCCCUUCCGGCUCCGACCGUGGAUCCGCUAUAAUUUUUGAGGGUCAAGGUCGUAUCAAUCAGUUGGGUGGUAUGUUUAUCAACGGACGCCCGCUACCUUACAAGACCCGAUUGAGGAUCGUCCAGAUGUCAAGAAAUGGCGUACGACCGUGUGAUAUCUCACGCCAACUGAAGGUGUCGCAUGGCUGUGUGAGCAAGAUUCUUCAACGCUUUAACGAAACUGGAAGCGUAAGUCCGGGUGCAACAGGUGGAGCUCGAAAGAACCGUAAUCAAGGUGGAUACUUAAGUCGAUCUCAAUCAACCUCUUCGUCCUCCUCUCUCUACACCCACGGCCGCAAUUCCCAUCAGGAUCGUCAAUUUUUUUCCACCACUGUUGCAAACCCUCCCACUAGCUGGAACGAACAAUGGUCAUUCAUUACACCACCUCUACCCUUUCAAAACCCCGAAGUCACAACCCCGAGAGGUCAACACGAUCCUCCACAUCAUUCACAGAUCAAAUCAACUGCAGAUUCACCACUUCUGCUACAACCGAAGCUCAAGUUCUCCGCUUCCAUAUUGGCCGAUGUUAGGAGUGAGGGGGUCGGUGGUGAUGUGCAGGUAGAGGAUGGGAGACGAGAGAAGCGCCUUUUCUUUUCUCUCUCUCCCCAAUUCCUCUUUUAUCUCUCCGCUAGUGGCAACGUAAGGGAGUGA